AUGAGUGGCCCCGCUGAAGCUGCGCUCCAGGCAGCUGUGCUCGGCCUGGGUUUGGACAUCAGUGGACGCUGGAAUCAGAAAGCCACGAAGCAGAGCCGAGCUUUGGUCCAGACCUACCUACUUCCCAGCUUUGUGCACCCUCCACCCACAGCAAGAGGAGGCUGGGGGGCCAGGACCCCUCUCCGUCUGCCUUCACUUACUGCCCAGGGGCCCCGCAGGCCAAGCAUAGCUCGUCUUAGCCUCAGUGAGCCAUCCCUCCUCACCCCACAUGAAAACGCCCUACUCGAGGGAUUCUCAAACAAUCGUCGCCCCAGUGUUUUAAAAAAGGGCUCUGCACCUCCUACUCCGUUUUCCAAGUCAUCAGUCCUGCUCCCCUGCAAGACCUGCCUCACAUCUGAGACCAGCAAGCAGCAGAACCACCGGCAGGUCCAAAACUGCAGCAGACCGGCCUAUUUCCACUUCUCACAUGCCAUCCAGCCCGGCUCCAAGCCAAGACCAGUGAGGCGCCAUUACCACAACCCAACCCUGAGCGCAGAGAUGGAACUGCAGGGUGACCUCAGACCUUUAGUGAUGCAGUAUCGCAACUCAUCUCCUCAGGGAGAGCCUUUGUAUGUCGUUGGGAAGCCUUGUCUCCUGAGCAGCAGUGAACGCCCGGCUCCUUCUGCUGCUGCCGGUCCGGCCCGCACUCAGCUUCAUGUGUUCCUGCCCACAGAGGCUGAAGGAGAGGAGGUGGACAGUGAAUCUGUGGAUGAAGGCUUCAUGGAUGAGUUGGACAGUAAGAUAACUUUUCUCAAGCUCCAACAGGGAGUAGCAAAGACUCUCACUUACUAAGGGUUCUUCCAAUAUUAUCGGUCUACAUUUAAUUAUAAAGGUUUGAAAGGUGUUCCCUUUCAACUCCGAUCUUAAGUAACGAUCAGAACGCAGGAGUCAAUUGCUCUUCAUUCUGUUUAAAUCGCUUAAAGGUAGGGUAGGUAAGAAUGGAGAAACCAGCUUGAGUGCGCUAGAAUCUGAAAGUACACAACCGAAAACAA